ACGACGACGCCGCGGCCGGCCGGCUGCCAUUCGGUACUGAGUGAAUGCUUUAUCAUUACCGCUGCCACUGACUGUUAUUGCAAUAUUGUAAUUGCUUCCACUAACUUAAUAAUCCUCCUGUGCUCAGUUACCAGUCAGCUGGAGUACGGUACGGAAGGUGUUUUGCGAUCCCGGCAGACUCCGCCUAGACCUAGAGUUUGCUGUACCCAGGAGAACAUGUACAGAAAACGUUGCAAAGUGCAUCAUUAAAAGCAGUAAAAACAUUCCCUUGCACUGGCAAUUAAAUCACACUACGGAAGCAGCAUGGCGACGUUUCCGCUAAGGUCAUCCGAGCACGUGCCGGAGAGCGCGGAAAAGCCCCGCGCGAGUGAUGAGUUGAAUGGCCAGGCAAAAACAAAUCCGUCCAAUAAAGAACAGCAUCGGCAUCCCAAACUGGGUACGGACUUCAUCCCACCGGACGGCGGCUGGGGUUGGGUUAUCGUACUAGCAGCUGGCUGUUCUAACCUGUGUACGUUCCCUGUGCUUCAGCAGUUCGGGAUGCUGUUUCGCGAUCGCAUGAGCGAUCUGGGGAUCAGUUCCUCCGAAAUUACGUCUUUCAUCAACACGAAUGCUGCGUUGAUGUCCAUUGUUGGUCUGAUGAAUGGUCCAAUGUUCCGCAAGUUCACCUUCCGUCAGGUGGCAUUCGGCGGAGCCUCCUUGGUAUCCCUGGGUCUGCUGCUAACCUCAGUGUCGGACUCCUUCGUAACCUACAUGCUAACUUUCUCGAUCCUCUACGGGGCUGGUAUCGGUAUAACGGCGUCCGCAAACUCGCUAGCACUGAACACGUACUUCAAGAAGAAACGCCGCCACGCAACGGGUUUCUCGUGGACCGCAACAGCCCUAGGUCCGAUCGUGGCUCCACACAUUAUUACUUAUUUGCUACCUCGUUACGGCGUCGAUGGCACCGUACUUAUCUUCGCCGGUAUCGCAAUGAACGCGAUUGUGUGUUCGCUUCUGCUACAGCCGGUACACUGGCACGCAAAAGCGCUUCCUCCGGCAGACGCCGAAGCUCCCAAAACAGCCUUACCAGAACCACUUUGUCAGUUCUGUCAGUCUACCGGCCAUCCACUGCGCAAGGAUCGCAGUCUUCUCUCCAGUCAGUACCUGUAUAAUGCGGACGAUGCCCACGUGACCGGUUACGAGAUCAUCGACCCGGGAACCCCAAUGCUGGCACGAGCCAACGACGGACUAUUCUCCGUGUAUGGAUCUCGAGCAACGCUCGACAACGCCAGUCGGAUGCCAUCAUCUCGACCCUCCUACAUCAACCUAGCUGCGGCAGGGGAAGCCGCGAAGCGGGAACAUUUUCGGGAGGGAGCCGUCAUGCACCGACGACGAUCGAACACCUUCAGCCGCGAGAAAGAAGUCCUGAGGCUUGCGUCCCGCAAGCUGGAACAGAUCGUUGAUCACGAAUCCGGUGAGCAGUGCACCUGCGAGCAAGAACGGCAAGAGUUACUCCAAAAAACCAAUCUAAUCGCAGAACUGGAACAACUACCAACCAAGUUGACGUUUCUGCAGAAGAUCGCAAUUUUCUUCGAUCUAGAUCUACUGCAAGAUCUAGUCUACGUUAACAUCAUGGUCGGUAUCACGCUGGCCAACUUUGCCGAGCUGAACUUCUCGGUGCUUACCCCGUUCGUGCUGGGAGACUUUGGGCUGGACAAGCAACAGAUCGCUAUGGCGAUGUCCCUGCUGGGAGCGAUGGAUAUUUGCUGUCGCUUCCUCAUACCCUUCAUCGCCGGCAAGAUCGGCUGGGAUAAUCGAACUUUCUUUCUGUUCGGUGUUCUCAAUAUGGCAUUGGGACGAAUCGUUCUAGCUCACUUCCACAGCUACCCCGUCGUGCUGGCCGUCGCCUGUUGGAUUGGUUUCAACAAAGGACUACGGACGGUGUUUAUGGCGUUGGCCAUACCGUCACAUGUGCCGCUGGACAGGCUUCCGGGGGCCACCGGUAUUCAGCUGCUCUUUUCGGGAUUGUUUUCACUCAUCGUUGGACCCGUGGUCGGUUUUAUUCGAGAUCAAACGAACUACACGGUCACCCUGCACUGUCUGAACAUCGCAACCUACGUGACUGCCCUGUGCUGGGGACUGGAGAUGUUCAUCCUAACACCCAGGCAACCGACGGCUGUCAUCAAAUAGUAUUCCACGGAAAAGUAUCUUUUGCAGUAAUAAAAUGUCAAACUUUA